CAUUCGCCGUCGAGCUGGUUGAUCCAAAAUGGAGAAAGCCACAUCUUCCUCGUCCAAUCAGAAAGCCAAUUCCGGUGCCACCGUCAAUGCUACUGGCACUCCAUCGCCGUCGUCUCCACAUCACGAUCACGACCGACACCGUUGCAACCAAGAUUUCUCUACCAAUCUUACAUCGUGGUACCAUUCAAUUUUCCCUCCAAAAUCUCCCUUCCAUUGCUCCUCCCUCACGCCUUCCACUUGCUCCUCAUCUUCAGACGACUUCCAGCUGCUCCUUGACCCUACCUCCGAUGAGAUCGCUACAGAGCGCAGACUCAACCAAGCGCGCCUCAUCCUCGAGUACCACCAGCUCUGUCAACACUACGAUCUGUGCUUCGCUCGUCUCCAGGUCCUCUCCGGAGAGCUCGAAACGUUGCGUAGGGAAAACGCGGAGCUCCGCUUGACCAACUCUGAGCUCGUCAAACUCUUGAGUCUCUCUUCUCAGGCGGCGAUGAAACGAACUCUUCGGAAUGAAGAUAUUACGAAUUUCAACAUGCAGAUGCAGAUGCAGAUGCAGAGUGAGGAGAGGAACGUUAAAGGUGUGGAGUGCAGCUCGCUACCGAACAGUAUAACAAUUAGGUCGAGUGGUUAUGAGAAGAUGAACAGACAGCAAGGACCGAGUCGGAUGCGAAUCGUCACUCCACUCGUCUCUGGAUCUGUGAGUUCACGAUCGGUAAAGCAGCAAGGGUAUGCGCUACCAGGGGAUCGGCAAGAUGAAGAGGCAUUGGAGUUCGACGUGUACAGUCAAGGAAUGGUGAAGACUGAGCUGUGCAAUAAGUGGCAGGAGACCGGCUCGUGCCCUUACGGCGAUCAUUGCCAGUUCGCUCACGGCAUCUCCGAGCUGCGUCCAGUUAUCAGGCAUCCAAGAUACAAGACCGAGGUUUGCAAGAUGGUUCUUGAUGGGAAAACUUGUCCGUACGGCCACAGAUGCCACUUCCGUCACUCCCUUACAGAGCAGGAGAGGAUGCUCAUCUCAAGUUGAUUUAGAGGUUUGAUUCAACAGAAUGUAUAGAAUUUAAGAAUGUCCUUGCAUAAUUCUGAUAAUUUUUUUUUGGAUGUGACAUAAUUCUGAUAAAAUAAUCAUAAAUAA